AAUUAUUUUGAUUUGUAAAGAUAUCAAAACACAAAAAAAAAAUUCUAAUACUUUUGUGGCUCUUCGUUUAAGAAUCGCUCGAGUAAAAUGUACAAAUAUUUUGAAAAGGGUUGAGGAUUUUUGGAGUGUUUAGUUUCUGAAAUAUUGAAACCGCUUUGAAAAAAUAAGUUUUCGAGUGCAGAUUGUAAUUUGCGUUAUGGUCAAACGUCGAGGAUGCGAGUUUUACGGUGGAUCAUAAACAUGGAACAAUCUUGAGAUGAAGAAGUAGGGUUCGGAUCCUUCCAAGUAAACGGGCUCGGAUUUCCUAAGAAGUUUUGUGAGAAAAAGUGCGGUCGAUGGGAGGAAGGAAAAGGGCUCGAGUUUUCACUUUCAGUCGGUCAGUGGAUGAAGAAAGUAAGCAGUGAGUGAGUGAGUGAGUCAGUGAAGAUGGAGAACGCGUCUGGAUCGUCACGGAGGACAGCGAUGCAGACGCUGAACAGUCUGUUUUCCUUCACGAGUCCCGCCGCGAAGAAGUUGUUGGGUUGGAAGCAAGGCGACGAAGAGGAGAAAUGGGCAGAGAAAGCGGUGGACAGUUUAGUGAAGAAGUUGAAGAAGAACAAAGGUGCUUUAGAAGAUUUGGAACGUGCGUUAUCGUGUCCCGGUUCGCCCAGCAAGUGCGUUACAAUUCCGCGUUCUCUGGACGGAAGACUGCAGAUCUCUCAUAAAAAAGGUUUACCUCAUGUGAUUUACUGCAGAGUGUGGAGAUGGCCGGAUCUGCAGAGUCACCACGAGUUGAAAGCGCUGGAGGUGUGCCAGUUUCCGUUCAACGCGAAACAGAAGGACGUGUGUAUAAAUCCGUAUCAUUACGUUCGAGUGGAAAGUUCUUUGUUGCCUCCGGUUUUGGUGCCUCGUCACAGCGAUUUCAUCCCGGGACACUCGUUGUUACCGUUUCAGCAGGGCGCAGAAGGCGGCAUGCCUUACAACGUCGCCUACAGCGAUUCCGGCUUCAACAAAUCUCCGUCCCGCACGCAUCCGCCGAGUCCUGGUGGAAGCAGCUCGCAUUUCGGAAACCCUCAAUCACCGUACUCGAACAUCUCGGAAUCACCACCACCGGCUUACAGCGCUUCACCGGAUCACCAAAUGGAGAGUAGCAACGAUGCCAUAGUUGACGCUCAACCUGUAGCUUACCAGGAGCAACCGAACUGGGCUACAAUAGCUUACUUCGAACUCGGGACUCGAGUCGGUGAGCGUUUCUUAUGUAAAUCAUCCAUCAUCACCGUCGACGGCUUCACCAAUCCCAGCAACAAAAACGACAGAUUCUGCCUCGGACAAUUAAGCAACGUGAAUAGGAAUUCGACGAUAGAAAACACGAGGAAACACAUCGGAAACGGCGUCCGUUUUCACUACGUCAACGGCGAAGUCUACGUGGAAUGCCUGUCCGAAUCCGCCGUCUUCGUGCAAUCGCGUAACUGCAAUCAUCACCACGGUUUCAACCCUUCGACGGUCUGCAAAAUCCCAUCGCGUUGCUCUCUGAAGAUCUUCAACAACGCUGAAUUCGCGCAACUGCUCUCGCAGUGCGUCAAUCACGGUUUCGAAGCGGUCUACGAACUCACCAAGAUGUGCACUAUCCGCAUGAGCUUCGUCAAAGGUUGGGGUGCUGAGUAUCAUCGACAAGACGUGACCAGCACUCCUUGCUGGAUCGAAAUCCAUCUGCACGGACCUCUCCAGUGGCUCGAUAAGGUCUUGAGCCAAAUGGGAACUCCGCAUAACGCAAUCAGUUCCGUCUCAUAAACUAAACUCUUAAUUAUCUUUAAUUAGUUUUAUACACACACUCUGUAAAUCUACUUGUACAUAAAUCUUAAG